CUCUCUCUCUCUCUGUCUCUGCCCAUUUCUUUCUUUCUUACCGUCUAGGACAUCCAUUUCAGAGUCUCUCUGUCUCUCCACGCCUCAAUGCAUAUACGUAAUCAUACACAUCUUUGGAUCUUAUACUAGCCCUAACCCUAGCGGUUACUCCAAGGAUUUUCAAGUCACUAUGCCGGACUUUGGCAGUUGCUUGAAUUCGCCGUCGCUAACCGUCCCUCGUUGCUCGAACCUGAGGCCACUCACCGAUCAAUGUGAUUCUGGCGGUUCUUUGUACCCGGUCCCUGUCAAAACCCUAGGAUGGGAAGACAGCUGGUUCAUCAAUUCUGACCAGGCGCUGCCCUCGCCCAUUUUGCACAAGGCCGAUGUAUCUUAUGGAAAUGGGAGUAGGGUUUUUAGGGGGGUUCGCGGGUCAGCGGAAGGAACCAAGAAGACAUCGGGGACCAAGAGUGUGGACUCCUAUGUCAAGGACUGGGAGACAAAGAAGAUCCAGUCUGGAGUUCCUCAACAGAAAUGCUUCCUUCCGUUCCUUGUCGGUGCACCAAGAUUGGUUGAGUGCCGUGUUUGCCAGAAUUCAAUCUAUCCUGGUGACGAGGUGUCAUGCUUUGUUCGUGGUUGCCAAGGUGUUUUCCACUCAAUAUGUGCAAAAGAAAAGCUUUGUUUCACUUCAAAGAAAUUCAAGUGUCCUCAGCAUGCAUGCUUCCUGUGCAAGCAAAAAUCUUAUUGGAGGUGUGUCAGAUGUACCGUAGCAUCACAUGACAGAUGUGCUGCAUUUCCAGAGGGUGUGAUACAUUUAAAGGAUCAACCAGGUCGAGCUGUUUGUUGGAGGCACCCCAUUGAUUGGCGGCUUGAGAAGAAGCGAACAGUUCCACUGAAAGAUAUAGAGGAAAUAUUUUGUCACUUGCCACUACCAUAUGUUGAGGAGGAGUUCAAGAUUGACGUCAAUGGAAAAGACAUGGUGGAGAACAAAAUGGAGCCUCCUCAUUAUGUGCACAUCAGGCGUAAUGUCUUCCUUAUUAAGAAAAAACGAAGUGACGUUGAUGUUGACAUUGGAUGCACAAAUUGCAGUUCAAGUCAAUGUUCUGAAGAUUGUGUUUGCAGGGUUCAGUGUAUAAGCUGCUCAAAGGCUUGUCGCUGCUCUGAAUUGUGUUCAAACAGACCAUUUCGAAAGGAAAAGAAAAUCAAAAUUGUUAAGACUGAACUUUGUGGGUGGGGAGUAGAAGCAGCUGAAUCCAUUAAUAAAGGGGAUUUUGUGAUAGAGUAUAUUGGAGAAGUUAUUGAUGAUGCUAUUUGUGAACAAAGGCUGUGGGACAUGAAGUACAAUGGCGAUAAAAAUUUCUACAUGUGUGAAAUUCGAAAAGACUUUAUAAUUGAUGCAACUUUCAAGGGAAAUUCUUCUCGCUUUCUGAACCAUAGUUGUGAUCCUAACUGUAAACUGGAGAAGUGGCAAGCGGACGGGGAGACACGUGUUGGUGUCUUUGCUGCUAAAUGUAUUAAUAUUGGGGAACCACUGACAUAUGAUUAUCGAUUUGUGCAGUUUGGGCCUGAGGUAAGGUGUAACUGUGGAGCUCCAAACUGUCAAGGUUAUCUUGGGAUGAAGAGAAAGAUUGGUAAGUUUGAUGUUUGCUGGGGCUCAAAACGAAGGAGAACAAUUAUGGGCUGCUUGCCUAUGACAUGUUAAAUUUCAAUUCUUUAUAAGCAAUUACUUUGAUGAUAAGUUCACAAUGUUUGUAUAUUGCUCUUUCAGUACGCAAAUAAACAAACAGGUGAUCAGGAGCAAAUGACCAUCUCUUUUUUGUCGUCGUUGUAUUGAUUUUUAAAGUUUUCUUCUAUAUCUGUUUGAAGUGAUAAUUACUUGUAAUGAAUGGGGUCCCUGUG